AUGCUCAAGAAAGAACCUCCCUCAUGGGGAACACAGCAAACUGAAGCAGUUAAAGCUUUGAAGAAGAUCACACAAACUCCUCAGGCCCUGAAAAUCCCUGAAGAUGGCAAAAGAAUUCUACAGACAGAUGCCAGUGAUCACUAUUGGGGAGCAGUCUUGAUAGAAGAACUUGGAGGAAAAAGAUACUAUUGUGGUCAUGCCAAUGGCCAAUUUAAAGAACCUGAAAAACACUACUACACCACCUGCAAAGAGGCCCUUGCCAUAAAGAUGAGAAUCCAAAAGUUUGACUUCCACCUAAGAGGCUACCAAUUUGAAGUUCAGACGGACAACUGCUCUUUCCCUAAGAUCCUUGAAUUCAAAAAUAAAUACGUCCUGAUCCUCAAACUUUUAGGCUCAAAGAUUGGUUUUCCAGAUAUGAUUUCUCUGUAA